AUGGAUCAAACCUUGCCUUAUGAUCCACCCCCAAGCACGACAAAUGUUAGCCAAAAGGAUACCAAUAGGGACACUGAUACUUCCAAAAGAGGAAUUGGAGUAACUAAAUUCGAGUCUUAUAAUGAAGGUCCUUCAGAGAAAGAGACCCGAGAAACAACUUCGUGUGGACUUAAAGUGCCACAAGAAGAUCGAACUAAGAAAGAACCCAUAAAAAAGAGACCAUCUCAUCUUGGCUCAAUGGUGCGAAAAAAGCGCAAGAGCCAUCUGGCUGACUUGAGCGCAGCUGCUACUGCUCAACCAGUCAAACUAAACACACUCGAAAAGUCCAAGCUUGAUUGGGAGGCUUACAAAGGCAAUAUCAAACAGACGGAGAACCAGGAUACAAUGUCUACAGAAGAACGAGAGGAACUCGAAGCGCAAACGAAAGGGGGCGGCAGCGGUCUGGGUGACGUAAAAGGUUUUCUACACAGAAAAGAAUUUCUCGAUCGUGUUCACGAUCGCUUGGAUACCCAGGAGUACGAAGCGUUUCAUGCAAAAAAUAAUCCCUAG